UAACUGACUGCUAUUUGGACAAAGUAAAACAAUACAAGAGAUUGCUUAAGCAACUGACAUUCUAGGCUAAAUGGGAGAGACAGCAAAGUCGAAACAAAAUGAAGAUCAUAAAGUUGAAGAGGACAAGCCUGAUAGAAAGAAAGAGGAGGUUGACAAUAAGAAGGAAGAGAAUGGAGAAGAGAAAUCUAAAGACAAGAAGAAGAAGAAGAAAGACAAGGAAAAUAAAGAUAAAGAGGAUAAAGAAGAUAGUCCUGGAAAAGAGAAAAAGAAAAAGAAUCCUGAAGACAACAAAGACCCUGCAAAACUAAAGGCCAAACUCGAAAAACUCGACACCAAGAUUCAAGCACUGAAUCAGAAGAGAGAGGAGAUUCUCAGACUCCUUCAAGAAGUUGAAAACAUUGCUCCAAAUCAAAGUGAAUGAGCAGCUUCAGCACUUUCCUGCGCAAAAGGAAAACUCCCAGAGUUGGAAACAUAAUUAAUUAGUGUUUUAUGUCAUUUACCCAACAAUAACAUCGUACCUGCACUACCUGCAGCAAGAAUGAUUACUUGUAAAUAAGAAGAGGCAAGUAACACAUAUAGAAUAUGAUGGAUAUACACUUGAAUAUUAAAAAAAGAAAAACAAGAAAAGAUCAAGUUCAGUUGAAUUUCAGAUAACGCUUAAGUGCGCGCUUACAGGUCACGGUUCAAGGCUUGACGCUCGCGCUUUGCAUAACUUAUGCAGCUAAUUCGAUAACUUAUGUAAGGAAUGAAGCUUGGUCCGGGAUCAACGCAAUGCGAUGCAAUGCAAUAUCAGAAAAAGAGGGAUAAAAGCAAUUGCACAGAUCGCGGACCAAGCCUCAUUCCAGACAUGGCAAUUAUCAUAAUGCAUCCCACUUUAACAUGUGGAAAACCACUUGAUCCAAUAUAUGCAGUCUACUUAUUAAGCAAAAUUUGCCUUAGUUAAAUCACUUUCACGACAGAGAACACUUUAUAGCAAUUAGGCCAAAGGUUCUAUGCACCUGAGCUGCGAACCUUCGACCCACACCAUUCAUUUGGAAAGAUAAUUUGAUUGGAGAGACGUCAUUAACUUUGGUUUCCACUUGUUAGGAUUGGCCUCCAUGGAGCGGUGCUAGAUUCAUAGUUUGUGCACGUUCGUGUUGCUGAAGUAAACAGCA